AUGGUUGCUGAGAUUCCUUAUCUGAUCAUCUGUGGCACGCUGUAUUUCGUCGGGUUCUACUUCAUAGUUGGAUUUCCUACCAGGGCCGGUGUCUCGGGGCAAUUUUUCUUGGAAAUGGUCUUGUACCAAUUCUUGUAUACGGCCCUUGGGCAAGGAAUAGCUAUGUUCUCUCCUAACGAAUAUUUCGCCUCAUUGGUCAAUCCGCUUGUGCUUAGUGCAAUCUUCGUUGAUUUCUGUGGUGUCCUAGUCCCUUUCAACACUUUGAGUGUCUUCUGGCGGUACUGGCUAUACUUCCUCGAUCCAUUCACCUAUGUGGUGCAAUCAUUGUUCACUCUGACCGUCUGGGAUGUGGAAGUCAAAUGCACAGUCAGUGGACUGAGUAUCAUCACCCCUCCACCGGAUCAAACAUGUGGCAGCUAUAUGGUAGACUUUAUCAGCGCCCAUUCAGCUUACCUGAACAACCCAGACGCUCGUUCCAGCUGCGAAUAUUUCCAGUAUUCAAUGGGAAGUGACUAUGCCAAAACAUUCAAUAUCAAUGCCAAAUACUACGGUUGGCGUGGGACUGGCAUGAUGGCAAUAUUUGUCAUCUCCACAUAUUUUUUGGUUUACCUGAUCAUGAAGAUCCGGACUAAGGCAACUAAGAGGGCCGAAAAUGACUGA